GAUGUCCAGGAAGCUAAGUUUGCCAACUGAGUUAAAGCCUGAUUUAGAUGUCAAAGACAACUCUUUCAGUCGAUCCCGAAGUUCUAGUGUAACAAGCAUUGAUAAAGAGUCACGCGAGGCAAUUUCAGCUCUUCAUUUUUGUGAGACUUUCACAAGAAAGGCUGAUACAUCACCUUCCCCAUGCCUGUGGGUUGGGACCACGCUGGGUACAGUACUUGUCAUUGUACUGAACUUACCCCCAGGAGGAGAGCAAAGACUUCUUCAGCCAGUAAUUGUUUCUCCUAGUGGAACAAUCCUGAGGCUAAAAGGGGCAAUCUUGAGAAUGGCUUUUUUGGAUACCACCGGAUCUUUGGUCCCACCAGCACAUGAACCCUGGAGAGAACACAAUGUUCCUGAAGAAAAAGAUGAAAAAGAUAAAGCAAAAAAACGACGACCUGUCUCAGUGUCCCCUUCUUCCUCUCAGGAAAUCAGUGAAAACCAAUAUGCAGUGAUAUGUUCAGAAAAGCAAGCAAAGGUUAUCUCACUGCCAUCCCAAAACUGUAUUUAUAAGCAAAAUAUAACAGAUACUUCUUUUGUUCUUCGUGGAGACAUAGUGUCGUUGAGUAACAGUAUCUGCCUUGCAUGUUUCUGUGCCAAUGGACAUAUUAUGACUUUUAGUUUGCCAAGUUUAAGGCCAUUGUUGGAUGUAUAUUACCUGCCACUCACCAAUAUGCGGAUAGCCAGAACAUUCUGCUUCACUAAUAAUGGACAAGCACUCUAUCUUGUCUCACCAACUGAAAUACAGAGGCUCACCUACAGCCAAGAAACAUGUGAAAAUCUUCAGGAAAUGUUGGGUGAGCUCUUCACUCCUGUAGAAACACCAGAAGCACCAAACAGGGGGUUCUUUAAAGGCCUCUUUGGAGGUGGGGCACAGUCACUUGACAGAGAAGAACUCUUUGGAGAAUCAGCAUCUGGGAAGGCAUCAAGGAGUCUUGCCCAGCAUAUUCCAGGACCUGGGGGGAUUGAAGGUGUCAAAGGAGCAGCAUCUGGUGUAGUUGGUGAACUCGCACGAGCUCGGUUGGCACUGGAUGAAAGAGGGCAGAGACUAGGAGAACUGGACGAAAAAACUGCAGCUAUGCUUUACAGUGCUGAUUCUUUCUCGAAACAUGCUCAUGAGAUGAUGAUGAAGUACAAAGACAAGAAGUGGUACCAAUUCUGAUGACGCUCAUCAAUUACAUCUGUUUAAUUUUGUCCUGAUGAAAAAAACUUUUUUUUUCAUUAAUUUUGGCAGGACCACUGAAAUUUAAAGGAGUAUUCACCAUUGGAUACUGUUGUUUCCUAGCACAAAUGACACACUGUUUUACCUCAGUCGUGGUUUUAACUGAGGAGCUUUAUAUCUAAGAAACACACACAAAAAACAAACUUGAGUGUUUCUUAGCUGUUGGUUAGCAGAGAGUUAGAGUAGAGAAGGUAACUAGAACAUGUG